AUGGCUUCAAACAACAACUUGUUGCAGCCCCAGCUUCCAAAUUUUACAGGGAAGCAUUAUAGUCAAUGGAGCAUCCAAAUGAAGGUGCUGUACGCUGCUCAAGAUUUGUGGGAGGUAGUUGAAAAUGGCUUUGUGGAGCCAAAUAAUCAAGGAGACCUCACUCAACAACAACUCACAGAGCUGAAGGAGACACGUAAGAAGGACAAGAAGGCUUUAUUCUUUAUCUUUCAAGCAGUGGAUGAAGCUAUUUUUGAAAGAAUCUCAUCAUGCACUACAUCAAAACAGGCGUGGGACACCCUCUUUGCAUCAUAUAAAGGAGAAGAAAAAGUGAAGAUGGCAAGAUUGCAAACUCUAAGAGAUUAUUUCAAUCGUGUCAUUUCUCUAGUCAACCAACUGAGAAUUAAUGGAGAACAAAUUGAAGAUCAGACAGUUGCUGUAAAAAUUCUUCGAAGUAUGUCCCGAAAGUUUGAAUAUAUUGUGGUGGCCAUUGAAGAAUCUAAAGAUCUGUCUACUUUGUCUCUUGACAGUUUAAUGGGUUCUCUUCAAUCCCGUGAGUUACGGCUGAAGCAGUUUGACUCUGGCCCUAUUGAGCAAGCUUUCCAAUCUCAAGUCUCAUUCAGAGGAAUUUCUAGAAGAGGAGGAGGCGGCUUUGCUCGUGAAAGAGGAAGAAAUAAUCAAGGACGUGGCUAUGCAAAUGACCAGAAAGAAACUAAUGCUGAAGGCUCUGCACGAGAUUUUGGUUAUUCAAGAGGAAGAGGAGAUUAUAGUUAUCCAAGAGGAAGAGGAAGAGAACAAGGUUUCUCCCUUCCCAAUAUUCAGUGCUACAAUUGCAAGCAGGAAAAUGACGAUGUGGUUCUACUUGCAUGUGCAGCUGCCAAAGAAGGAAAAGUUCGUGCGGGAAAAUGGUAUCUUGACAGUGGAUGUAGUAAUCACAUGACAGGCAACAAAAGUGCCUUUGUCAAUUUCAAGCAUACCAACAAUUCUGAAGUAGGGAUUGGUGAUGGUGGAAAGUUAGUGGCCAAAGGAUGUGAAGAUAUUCUUUUUCUGUCCAAGUCUGGAGAACAAAAAAGAAUCUCUAAUGUGUUAUAUGUCCCAGAUUUAAAUUACAAUCUCCUUAGUAUGGGUAACUUCUUCGUAAAGGCCAUAAUAUUCAUUUCAAGGAAGACCAAUGUGUAA